GGAAAGUAAUUAAUCUUUGGUCAAAGGGAUUUAAUAUAGACCGGAUUUAUUGACCUGAUUAAAUCAGUGUCCUUCAAGAGAUUAAUGGCCAGCAUUUGUAAACUAUUUGGAAGAUAUUAAGAUCAUGAAAAAAAGUUUCACACGAUCAUAGAUUAUCUAUGUAUCAAAGAUGCAAAAUUCAAGUGCGAAUAGUCUAGCAUGCAGUGUCAGGAAGUAACCGUCUUUCAUCGUUCACAUGGAUCAAGAUCUACCGGUGUGGUUCACAGAGUCAGUAUGAAUCUGUAGUUGAUGACAAAAAAGAAAAGAAAAAAUCAGAGUCCUUCAAAUCUGUUAAAAAUGAUACGUACAUACCAUAUAAAAAAUCUUUUGAUAAUGUCGUAGUUAUGAAUUUACCAAUCAAAGAUUGAAAUGGAGAGAUAUUCUGUAAUGUAUUUAAGUUUGGUUCGUAUGCUGUAGUGUAAUCCUAAUCAGUUGAAUAUAGAUUUAGAAAUUAGAAUAUCAGAUUCAACUAAGGAUAUUCACAUUUUCGCCAUCUUUGCCCCUUAAAAAAAAGGUUUUGGGCCCAAGUCUUAUUAUAAAAGGUUUUGGGCCCAAGUCUUAUUAGGCCAUGCAACUUUCCAUUGAAACUAGCGCAAUUAGUCGCUCGGAGGUUCCAAACCGAAAUAAACCGGUUUGCAAUAUAAACCAGUUCACGUAAUCAUCAAACCGCAUGAAUUCAAACGCAAACGCUAGCGUCAAAGGUUGCGAAUUGCGACAGCUAAAAAAACCAGAUGACAAGGACGUUCAAGUGGACGUAGUCGCAGGGUAUAAAAAUCUCUCUCACUCUCCACCAUCUCUUCACACUCCUCGCUCUUAACUUCCAUAACUGCAUCCCACUAUCCCUCUAGUCUCUAACGCAACGAACCAUAACAAACUUCCAAUUUCGAAUUUCAAAAUUUCGUCGAAAGCAUGAAGGUGAUCGCGUCGAGGAAUUCAAAGCGUAAGUCUGAGGCGUCGCCGUUCGCCGGGAAGAAGCUUCGCUCGACGACGCGUUCACUCCAGAAGAGAGCUCAGAUCUCUCCGUCACCUCUCCACCACAAGGAAACAGUAGCACCCGCUGCCUCUGUAGAUUCCUGCUCCAAUUUGUUUUCUACAGUCGACGACACUGUUUCAUGCGGUUCUAGCGUAAUCGAGAAGAAGAGCUCGACGCUGAAGAAGACUCGAAUCGAAGAGGUAGAAGUUUCUGAUCGUGUGAUUGAUGAUCCCAAGUUUCGGAGGAUCACUAGAUCGUACUCUAAGCUAAACAGGGAGAAGGACGCAGAGGAGAUCGAAGUAAGCGAAUCGUCCUUCACGCGAUCCGAUGUGACGUUCGCCGAGCACGUCUCCGAUAGCCGGAGUUUGAAUAUCGUUUCGGAGAACAAGGAGAGCGACGUCGUUUCGUUCAUAUCGGGUGUGGACUCUUGCUCCAAGUUCGGGAGCGUAACUGGAGGAGGAGCCGAUAACAACGAAGAAACUGAAAUCUCCAAACCGAGCGGAUCCGCGGAACUGAAGCCGGAGCUCGAGACAGUCGGAUGCGUCUCCGAUCUCGCUUGCACGGAGACGUUCUCCGGCGAAGACGUUUCGGAGUACGACGAGGAUGAAUCGUCGGAGGCACGUUCCGAGACGCUUUCGCAGUACUCCUCCGACUUCGGUUUCUCGGAUUACACUCCGUCAAUGUUUUUCGAUUCCGGCAGCGAAUUCUCUGAGAAAUCGAACUCCUACUCUCCCGUUUCGCAUACUCGCUCUCUGUACCUCCAGCUCAUGGCGCAGUUCUGUAGAUCCACCGUUCCGAACGAUCUCGAAUCUUCUCGUCAGGAACAACACCGUGGUAUCCAGUCUGAACUGCUAAGGUUUGAAGAUGAAGAGGUUGAAGAGAGCUAUCAAAGGCUGAGGGAAAGGGAGAGAAGUCAUGCAUAUUUGCGUGACUGUGCUAAGGCUUACCGCUCCGCCAUGGACCAUACUGAUCUCAUCCCUCGUCUACGCUUGAUCAUGGUUCAAUGGAUUGUGCAGCAAUGUUCUGAGAUGGGGCUUCAGCCAGAGACAUUGUUUCUAGGAGUUAGUCUGCUGGAUCGAUUCCUGAGCAAGGGAUCCUUCAACAACGAGAGGACUCUUGUACUGGUGGGGAUCGCGAGUCUUACUCUGGCCACCAGAAUUGAAGAAAAUCAGCCUUACAAUAGCAUCCGGAAAAGGAACUUCUACAUCCAGAACCUAAAGUAUAGCCGGCAUGAAGUGGUAGCAAUGGAGUGGCUGGUUCAAGAAGUCCUCAACUUCAAAUGCUUCUCACCCACAAUCUUUAACUUCUUAUGGUUCUACCUAAAAGCUGCCCGAGCCAACCCAGAAGUUGAAAGGAAAGCCAAAUCCUUGGCCGUUACCUCACUAUCCGAUCACACCCAACUCUGUUUUUGGCCCUCAACUGUAGCAGCCGGACUCGUAGUUCUCGCCUGCAUUGAACACAACAAGAUCUCAGCCUACCAACGAGUCAUAAAGGUACCAAACUAUUCAAUACUUAAAAGGCUUUUUUUCAAGAACAUACAGAAUAUUCACAAUCCCAUAACCUCUCUCUCUCUCUGUAGGUUCAUGUUAGAACAGAAGAUAACGAGCUGCCUGAAUGCGUCAAGAGCCUGGAAUGGUUGCUUGAGCACUAAGCAAUCCACAACAACAAAUACUCAAAAUCAGACCACACAGUAUACUCAAACACGAUCUCACAGGUUAUUAUUACAACCUACAAAAAUCAUAUAUAUGGUAUAUAUAGCAAUGCCUCUACAGCUUUAUAUACUUGAUCUCUGAGCUUAGUUAGCUCUUAUUUUGGCAUACUAAUACCAAUUACUAGACCACCAUUUGUGUCGCCACACCCAUUUUCUUCAACGAAUAUUUUUCUUGAUCAGUA